AAGCUCGGUGCGGAAACGAGAAACAACAUGGCGUGUGUACACAAAACGUAAAAUGAUGUGGCACUCCACAUCGAUUUCAAAAUUUUAGUUAAUUUAUUUAGUUUUAAUCCGAGCCGGACGAAACGGCGAUCGCAUAUCGUAAAAUGUGAUCGAAUCGACCGAAACACACGCAGGCGGACGGCACAAUAGAGCGCGAUACUCGAGGGCGAUAUUCUAAAGUACAAAGUUCCGCACAACCCCCCGAUGUCGCGAGAGAUCGGCGACAAGACGUAGCCGCCCCGACAGCGACGCAGGCGGCCCGGCCUCCGCCCUCCUCAUCCGAGAUGGCGACGUCUCCGCUCGGCGAGAUAGAGGAGCUCACGCUCUGCUCGUGCUGCAAACGCGCCUUCGACGAAACCGAGAGGCCGCCCAAGCUGCUCGCCUGCAAACACCACUUCUGCCUGUUGUGCGCGCGCACCGUGCUCGGCAAGGGCCGCGAGGUAUACUGCGUGCACUGCUGGAAGCGCACCGAGCUGCCCGACGGGCGCGCCGAGGCGCUGCCCACGCACGGCGCCGUGCUGGCGCUGGCGCGGCGGCUGGCGGGCGGCGGCGCGCGGCCCGAGGAGCUGGGCGCGUGCGGCGCGCACGCGCUGCCGGCGCUGUGGUGCACGGCGUGCGGCGCGCGCGCCUGCCGCGCCUGCGCGCAGCACGCGCCGCACGCCGCCGCGCUGCGCCCGCCGCCCGAGGCGCGCGCGCUGCUGGCCCGCGAGCGCCGCGACCUGCUGGCCGACCUCGCGCGCCUGGCCGCGCGCCAGCGGGACCUGCUGCUGCGCGCGCUCGACGCCGCCACGGCGCUCAAGCUGCGCCUCGAGGCCGAGCUGGCCGCGCCGCCGCGCCCGCCCGCCGCCGCCGCCGCCGCCGCCGCCGCCGCCGCCGCCUCGCUCGCGGCCGCGGCGGCCGAGCGCGACCGCCUGCGCGCGCGCCACGCCGAGGCCACGCUGCAGUGCCGCCUCGACGACCUCAUCCGCUCCGCGACCGUGCCGCUCGACUUCGAGCUGCUGCGGCGCGCGCUCGCCGGCCUCGGCGCGGCCGAGACGCCGCCGCCGCCGCCGCCGGACCGCCGCGACCCGGUGCUCUUCCUCGCCAACUACUGCACGGCCCAGCUGUACGCGCGGCACUUCCUCGCGCGCCGGUCGCGCCCGCAGCCCGACGGGGACGGGCUCGAGGCGCUCGACGGCGGCGGCGCGUUCGAGUGCGACUCGGGCGGCGAGGCGACCGCGUCGCCGACCACGACCCCGACGACGACGGCGACGUCGACGAUCGGCUCGCCGCUGCUGCGCAACCCGAGCGCGUACCCGCUGUUCUACUUCAACUUGGAGGUGAACGGGUCGCCGUUCGGGCGCAUCGUGAUCGAAGUGCGCAGCGACGUGGCGCCGCGGAUGGCUCGCAACUUCACCGUGCUAGCGACGGGCGAACUCGGCAUCGGAUACCGUGGCUGUGCCGUUUUCCAGUGCUGGGAGAACGAGAGCGUCAUCACCGGCGACUUCGAGCUGAACAACGGGCGCGGCGGCCGCUCCGUGUUCGAGGAGAGCUACUUCAUGCCGGACGACACGAAGAUGGUGGCGGUGCGCGGGUCGGUGGGCAUGCGCCGCUCCCAGAAACGGCACGACAACCUCGGCCUGGUGGGCUCGCAGUUCCGCAUAGUGCUGCGCGAGAUGCGCGGCUUCACAGCUAUCUUUGCGUUCGUGGUGGAGGGGCUAGAGCUGGUGGACCGCCUGUCCCGGACGGGCGAUAGUGCCGGCAAGCCUCACAGCACCAUCCUCAUCUCGAGCUGCGGUAAGCUCAACUAGACGCUCCUCUCGAAUUCUCCUUUUCUGCCUCUCGUCGCAUCGGUGCAUAUCACUCUCUCACAAAUUCCGAUCUCUCGCGAUCAAAGUACCUUAUAUUUCUACUCCGUCGGACCAACGUUUUACUUUCGUGUGUACUCGCACCGUGAGAUAUUUUUAUACGUGUAGGAAAAAGAUUUUGAAGUAUUUACGCGACUUAUUCGAAGUUCAUCGGCUCGAGCUUGUGUAGUUGUUCGUUUGCAUAAUGUAUACAAUCGGCGGAUCGCUCACCGCAGACGGUAGCGCGGCCGGCGACAGGGAUGCACUCGGCGCUCCGAACGUUUCGUCCGCGUUUAGAUAAUUACUACCUUCGCGCCGUUCUGUUACUCGUCUUAUUAGCUACUAGUGGGCCUAGACUCGGUAUUAUCUCAUUAUAAAUGAAUAUAUUUUUGUUAUAAGCGCGAGGCGUCGCGUCGACCGUCGACCGGCGAGUCGUCGCGCCUCGUCGCAGGCUAAUUUUAUAAGUUGUGACGUUUCGAUCGUAUGUGUGUCAAUAUAAAUGUUAAAUAAUUUAGAGAAUAUAUUUUAGCUAGGGAUGCCGCGAGCGGCGGGCUACUCGUAUUCGUGUUUGUACAUAAGCAUAGGUCGGUCGUUAUUUAACAUUAUAGAUUAUUAUAUUUACAAGCAAACGUUACCUCUCGGAAACAAGCGGCGGAGGAGACGAUAAAUUACUAUAACACGAAUUAUUACAAAUUUUCCGGAAGUUUUACAAGACUGUGAUGAUAACCGUAGGUAGCGGAGCUAGCGGGGGCGGCGGGGCCUCCUACCGGUCAGUGCCUGCUUAUAUCGGAUAUAUUUACUACUUAAUGUUAACGACGUGCUCCUCGUUCCUUCCCCCCUGGCCGCGGCGGCAGGGGGCGCGCGCGGCGGCGCUCGCGGCGCUCGCGGCGCGCUCGUACUCGUUAAGUUUAUUUUUCUAUUUUACCAAAGUUUAUAUAGGCGUGUUGCGAUGUUCGUGUAUAGCUUGUUCGUGCCGCGUGGCGGCUGCGUGGCGGCUGCGUGGCCACCACGCACCACUGUAGUCGGGCGCGCCGCACGGCGGCCGCCCCGCUCUAGACAUGUUGUAAUUCGUGUUGACUAUAUUCAUAUUAUAUUGUAGCAGCGUUUUAUUUUCUCGAUAUAUAGUUUAUAUGACGUGGUGUGGUAUGCCGGUGGCGUCCGCGGUCGCGGCGGCCGCGGGCUUGUUAAUGUUACGUGUACGCGCAUAUUACUAUGUCCGAAGCGAAUUCGUGAUAAAUAAAUAAGUCUAUGGAGCAGUA